AUGCCCAUUCCCAUCAUCGCCCAGGGAAUUCAAGAGGGCAUUGGCUCAAUUCCAUAUGCCUGGACUGUCAUCAAGACAGCACCGUGGCUUCUCCUGCUCGCCGCGCUGAAGUACUACUUUGGCGGAGCACGCAACACCUCCGAGCGGUUGAUGCAUUCCAAGGUGGUGAUGGUGACAGGCGGUACAUCUGGCAUAGGAGCUUCCGUCGUCCAAGAACUAGCUUCCCGCGGCGCCCAAGUCAUCAUCCUCACCAAGCAACCUCCCUCCGACCUCUUCCUCGUCGAAUACAUCGAAGACCUGCGCCGCACAACCGGCAGCCAACUCAUCUACGCCGAACAAGUAGACCUCUCAUCUUUACACUCGAUCCGCACCUUCGCCACAAAAUGGAUUGACAACAACCCACCUCGCCGCCUCGACGCGGUAGUCCUCUGCGGCGGCGUGGCCGUACCCUCCAGUGCACGCAAGAACACCACGGACGGUAUCGACGAGGAAUGGCAGAUCAACUACCUCGCCAAUUUCCACCUCCUCAGCAUCCUCAGUCCCGCACUGCGCGUGCAGCCGGCCCACCGCGAUGUCCGGGUCGUCUUUGCAACGUGCUCGAGCUACAUCGGGGCUAAUUUCGAUCUAGACAUUGUGAAGCGCGGGAAUGACGCUUCCACAGCCACGACGUCUGCGAAGAAUAAAUCCAAGACCAAGUCUACACCCCCCGCGUCGAAAAAGGGUAUCUACGGCCUUAGCAAAUUCGCCCUCAUGACUUUCGCCCACUCCUUCCAACGCCAUCUAAACGCCUACGCUCGACCAGACGGCCUCCCACCCUGCACGCGUGUCCUCAUCGUCGAUCCAGGUGUCUCCCGCACCCCGGGAACACGCCGCUGGCUCACCGGUGGUUCCCUCUGGGGCCUGCUCCUGUACCUCCUCACCUGGCCACUGUGGUGUCUGAUUCUCAAAUCACCGCAACAAGGCGCGCAGAGUAUACUCUACGCCUUGAUGGAAGAGACCUACUCGCGCGGCGAGGGCGGCUGGAUGAUCAAAGAGUGUCGGGAGGUAGACUGCGCGCGACGAGAUGUACGCGACGAGGACGUGGGGAAGCGGUUGUGGGAGUUUAGCGAGAAGCAGAUUGAGGAGGCAGAAAAGGACGGCGCUGUGAGACGGGCGAUUGCGAAGAAGGAGAGGGAAGCGGCGGAGGAGAAGAAGGAGAGGAAGGAGACGGCUUCGGGGAAGGAGAAAAGUGCUGGGUCGAGGAGGAGUCGGAAGGGGAAUAAGAAUUAG